AGAAACCACCAUGGCUGUUUGUAAACUACAACAACAUCAGUAACGGAAACUCAACCGACUCCAUAACAAAUAGAACAAUUGAAGUAAUUGGAGGUAGAGAUGACCGUAUUUUGAAACUGUUAGCAAAGAAACUGAAUUUCAGAUUUAAUUACUUUGAUCCUCCAGAAAGGAUUCAAGGAACAUCUGAUUCAGAAAGCGGAUUUUUCAGCGGUGUAAUAGGAUUAAUUAGCAGAAGGGAAGCAGAUUUAUAUAUCGGAGAUGUGGGACUUACAUAUGAAAGAUUUAAUUUUGUGGAAUUCUCAUUUAUAACCCUUGCUGACAGUGGAGCUUUUGUCACUCAUGCUCCUAGUCAACUUAAUGAGGCAUUAGCAUUAUUAAGACCUUUUCAGUGGCAGGUUUGGCCUGCAAUUGGUAUAACAGUACUUAUAGUUGGUCCCAUCUUCUACUUACUAAUAGCUUUACCAAAUUUGUGGCAACCCAGAUUUAAAGUUCGUUCAUAUACUAGAUUGUUCUUUGACUGCACCUGGUUUACUGUCACUAUUUUAUUAAAACAAACUGGAAAAGAGCCUAAUUCAAAUAAUAAAACCAGAUUUUUUAUUAUAUUAUUGUCGUUCUCAGCAACAUAUGUGAUAAGUGAUAUGUAUUCAGCAAACCUAACUUCUUUAUUAGCGAGACCUGGAAGAGAAAAAGCUGUACACAAUCUUUAUCAAUUAGAAGAAGCCAUUAUAUCUAGAGGAUACAAGUUGUAUAUCGAAAAACAUAGUUCUUCACAUAGUCUUUUAGAAAAUGGAACUGGUAUUUACUCGAGAUUAUAUAAUUUGAUGGUACUAGGCCAGGGAUAUAAUAAUAGCUUAGUAAAUUCGGUAGAACAAGGAGUUGAGUUAGUAAAAGAUUCAGAAAAUGUGGUGCUAAUGGCGGGAAGAGAAACUUUAUUUUUCGACAUUCAAAGAUUUGGUCCAAGUAACUUUCAUCUAAGUGAAAAAUUGAACACAGCUUAUUCAGCUAUAGCUCUGCAAUUGGGAUGUCCCUAUAUUGAAGAAAUUAAUAAAAUAUUAAUGGCAAUUUUUGAAGCAGGAAUUAUUACAAAAAUGACAGAAAAUGAAUAUGAGAAGUUAGGAAAAGAAAAAACAAUAUCAUCUUCAGAAAUUGCGGAGAAUGUUGCUAAAGACACCAACAAAGAUUUGAAAAGACAGAUCAAAGUGGACGAAGGGACAAAACUGAAACCAAUCAGUCUUAAAAUGCUACAAGGAGCCUUUUACCUUUUGUGCUUUGGAAAUAUAUUUUCUGGACUAAUUUUAAUUGGAGAGUUUAUGUUUCAUAAACGAUUGCGAAAGAGGAACAAAAGAAGACACGUGGUAAUAACGAAGAAAUGGAAAAAAAUUGUUAAAAUUAAAAUUUCAAGAAUUCGUUCUAUGUAUUUACGAUUUUAUAGGAAUGCUAUGAACGAUGCAUUUGUAUCAACUUUAGAGUAUUUAGAAUAAAUUCAUUGUUAAUCGCAAUUAAUUGAUGUGUAAUUUGAAAUAUAUUUAAUACCUAAUUAUUUUUCAUUAUACGGAGUUAUAUUCCUAGAAAUACAUUAGGUAUACAUAUUUUGCUUAUUUUACUUUAACCAUGGAAUACGAGUAUUUUUACAUUAAUAUUUUUAUUUUAAUAUAUUUCAGUUUAUAUUAAGCUUGGUAGAUGAAUAGAGCUCAAAAUCUUUGUUUAUUUUUAAAACUAAGUUUUUUUUUUUUAAGACUUCGUAUAAUCAUUUAACUGGCGCAGUCAGUAGGUCAGUCGGUUUAUUUUAAUAGUUUCAAUAGUUUAAAGUUUUUGGAUAAACGUAAUUUUAAAAAAUCGUUCUGGUGGAAGACAACAUCGUCAAAGCCAAAACAACCAACUAAAGGAAUGACAAAAAUCGCCAGUUCCACUCUGAAGCCGAAAUUUUUUCAAAAUCACAAUAAAUCAGCUUGAGAUCCAGUUCCGACAGAAGAAGGACAAAAUCGCUUGAAUCCGUCUACCGCUUAAGAAUUUUCAAGAAGUUACAAUAAAACUUCUGACACUAGACUGUAAGCCAUAAUUUUCAUUUCCUUUUCAUUUUUCCUUGCUUACCCUCUUUAUUUCAAAGUAAUUACAAUGUUUUAAGUAUUGUACGAGUAUUACUUUAAAUAA